AUGGCAACGUCGGAAUCUGACGGGCUUCUCAUGACGGAAGAAGUAGUUAUACAACAAUGUAAGAAACAUCACGGGUAUUCCACACCGGAACUCAACCGAAAUAUAUACCUUAACCACUUGGGACUUAUGAACAUCUCAUCCCUUAACGCAUUCCACCAAUGCAGGGUGUUGUACCUCAACAAUAAUGCCAUCGAUAACUUGGAGGGGCUUCACCCACUUCAAAAUUUGCACGCGCUUUAUAUUGGUAAUAACGCUAUUCGAAACUGUAAAAGCUUUCCGAUGUUGCCUUCGCUGCGACUUGUAGACAUUUCCUCAAAUUUUAUUGAAAGCUUGGAAGGCCUUUCGAGCAUCCCCAACUUAGAGACUUUACUUGCCUCACGGAAUCGGGUGAGGAACCUUAGGGGAGUAGAGGGGAACAGAAAGCUAAUGACGAUCGAUGUUUCAAAGAAUGCUAUUGAACGUGAGGAAGACAUCGUGCCGUGGAUUCUCGAAAUGGAAGGACUUCGCAGUUGCAUGUUUCAAGGCAACCGCUUUGUAACUUCAAUGCAAAGCUAUAGAAAAAAGAUAAUUGCGUGGGUGCCGUCGCUGCGCUUCAUGGACCAAUGCCCUGUGUUCCCCGAGGAGCGGAGCUGCGCUGAAGCGUAUGCUCAAGGAGGAACAAGGGCAGAAAAAGCGCAGCGUGACGAAAACAGACGUCAGGAGGAGCAGGAAAGGCAGAGACAGUUUGAGUUCUUCGGCAGCCAACGUCAGGAGGCUCGUGAAAGUCGAGACACCAAGGGCCCAACAUGCACCAAUACCGCCUAUUAUGACGAUAACGAUUUGCAGUGUAUAUAUGUGCCAAACAGUGUGGGACGUGUGUAA